AUGGAUGAUAGAAUUAGCACAUUGCCACAUGAAAUACUUCAUCACAUUCUCUCUUUUUUGUCAAUAGAGGAAGCUGUUGCUACAAGUGUUCUUUCAAAGAGAUGGAGACCUCUCUGGCUUUCACUCACCAGUAUCACCCUGAAACAACGUCGGUUUAUUGAUCCUGCACCAACACAACACGACAAUGUUGAGGAAGAUGAGGACUUUGUUUUCUACAUGUUGAUGAUGGAAAUGGUUAACUUUCAUGAGGUUCCUCGCUCCAUUUUUAGAUGCAGAGCCCUUGUUGUUCUCAAAUUGCAAAGGAGAACUGUGAAAAACUUUUACAAUUUUGACUUUCCCUUGCUCAAGACCUUGCAUUUGAAUAAAGUUUCCUUUUCUGAAAAUCGGCUUCUCGUGGCGCUUUUAAAUGGUUGUCCAAUUCUUGAGCAUUUGGAAGCACAUGAUAUAGAUAUCGAGCGUGGUGGUUUAUCUGAGGCUGAGUAUACAAGCUUACCUAAGUUGGUGAGCGCAAGUAUCUCUGCAUCGUGUACUCAUAAUAUUCCCCUCAUAGUUUUAGCCAAUGUGGAGUUUCUUCGAGUAGAGGAGCGCGGUAAUGAGAAAGUUCCAGCAUUUCCUAAUUUAACUCACUUGGAGCUUACCAUUCCAUCGAGAACUAUUUCUUGGCCUUUUGUAUUCGACUUCCUCAAGAAAAGCCCCAAGCUUCAAGAUCUUGUAGUUGAUAAGCUCGGACAAAAGAACAGAUUACUUGAUGAUGUUCUGUUGUUUGGAAUUUAUGCUGGUGAUGAGGUUUUCUAUUAUCCAGAUGCUGUUCCUCAUUGCCUUUCUUCACAAUUUAGAAAGUGCACCCUCACACAUUAUAGUGGACAGGAAAAUGAGAAGCGGUUUGCAGAAUACAUUAUGCAGAAUUCAUCAUCUUUACAAACCAUGACAAUCUGCGGUAUUUCUUCUUUGCGUCCAAUGGAGAAGCAUUAUAUCCUUGAUCAACUGUCCUUGUGCCCAAAGAAGUCUGCAAACUGUGUGGUUCAAUUUAAAUGA